UAAUUUUUAAAAAUCUCGAAUGUCUAAAAAACAUUGAACCUUCUUAUGAACAGCACGAUCCUCCUCCAGAAACUCUUUAUGGACGGCAACAUGAUUCUCCUAUAGAACCUCCUUAUGAACAGCAACGUGAUUUUCCUCCAGUACCUCCUUAUGAACAACAUGAUUCUCCUCUAGAGCCUCCUUAUGAACAGCAACAUGAUCCUCCUCCAGAACCUCAACCUAUUAGCUUUUUGGCACAAUCAACAUUGAUUACUAUCAAGCACGCAUUAGAAAUUGUUUCUCACAUAAAUCAAUCACAGUGUCAUGAUGAAAUUUCAGAAAAGUUUAAAUUAAUUCUCAAAAAAGAUGGUCCGGGCUUUGGCUCUUUGGAUCUUAGCAUGUCACCAAGAGAUAGGGAAGGGAAAAUCUGGAUGUGUUACGUGUGUGAUUAUGAAAAGCCAAUUCGAACUAUAAAUGGCAGUUUUAAAGUAAAAGAAUGUGAAGUCUUUCAGUAUAUAGAAGCUACACGAAGUUGA